AUGCCUAAAGCAGAGGUCGGCUCGACCAAACAUCUCUCCAAUAAGCUCAAGAGCAAGGGUCUCCAGCGUCUACGAUGGUACUGCCAAGUGUGCUCGAAGCAAACACGAGAUGCGAACGGCUUCAAAAUGCACACGCAGUCCGAGAGUCACGUGCGGCAGAUGAUUCUCGUCGGCGAAGAUCCCAAGAAAUUCAUCGACGACUUCAGCAACCAGUUCGUGAGAGACUUCCUGCAACUUCUCAAGACGGGCCACGGAGAGAAGCAGGUACACAUAAAUCGUUUCUACCAGGAAUACAUUAGCAACAAAGAGCACGUCCACAUGAACGCUACCAAGUGGCCAUCUCUGACCGAAUUCGCCAAGUAUCUCGGGCGCGAGUCCAUCUGUAGGGUGGAGGAAAACGAGGAAGGCAUUCACAUCUCCUGGAUCGACAACUCGCCAGACAAUCUGCGAAGGCAAGAGGCGCUGCGCAAGAAAGAAGCUCAGGAUCAAGGCGACAGCCAUAUCGAGCAGCGCAUGAUCAAGGAGCAGAUUCGACGUGCGCAGGAAGCCAAAGCCGCCCAAGGCGGGGUACAAGAGGACGAAGAGGCUCGGAACCUGAAAAGGAAAGAUGGUGAAAAGAUUACUCUAGCUUUUGGAGCCAAGCCAAAGGCCCGGGACACGGAACCAACGUUGCAAGGUGCCUCGUCGAAUGAAUCGCCGGCUGCUGGACAAGCACCCGUUGAGGCAGAGAAGAUUGACGGGCCAGACAAGGCAGCCGCUUCGCCGGGUGUUCUUGGAGGAGUGUCAAUGAAAAUGGGCAGCAAGCCGCAGCCCAAAAACGUUUUUGCACAGACAAAGAAGAAGGCGAUGGUUGCUGUAAGUUCAAGCAAGAGCAGCAAGGUCGAGGAGCCGAAGAAGAUGAGCGAGGUGGAAAGAAUCAUGCGAGAGGAAAUGGAAAGGAAGCGACCCGCCGGGGGAUCUAUAGGGUUCAGAAUGCCGCCUGGGAAGAAGCACCGCACGAACUGA